AUGAGCUCGGCGUACGACGGCCGGAUCCCGUCCGCUCAGGAUGUGGGCCGCCUGCUUACCAAGCUCUACGACAACGAUCCGGACCUGCGGUACAUGGCACUGAACGAUCUGCAGGCCAUGAUGCAGUCCGGUCACCCGGGCUUCUUGCAGCACGAUUACACCACCGCCGCCAAGCUCAUCGACGGCUUCCUCCACACUUUGAAUGACACCAGCGCCGAGGUGCAGAACCAGACCGUCAAGUGUCUUGGGCCGUUCGUGGCGAAGGUGCCCGAGACCAUCAUCUCGCCACUGAUCGAUCGCGUUUCGCAGGUCUCCACCUCCAACGCCGUGGACAACUCCAUCCCCGCACUCGCUCUACGUAACAUUGUCGUUUCGCUUCCCAAGCCCGUCGCCGGAAUCCCGCGCAACCAAUCCGUUGUUGGCGCCUACACCUCUGUCAGCAAGGUGCUCAUCCCGCGCCUGGUGGGUUUCAAUGUGGUAUCCACCGGCAAGCAGAGCCUGCCGUCUGUACCCAAGAGCUUGUUGGAGGAGGAUAUUGCGAAGGGCACAGACAGCACCGCCAUCGAUGUGCUCAUUGAGGUGGCCCGCUGCUUUGGCCCCAUGCUGCAGGAACCCGAGCUUGUCGCGCUGCAACACACGGUCAUGAAGAUUAUCCAGAGCGACCGCGCUGGUCCCGUCCUGAAGAAGAAGGCUGUCACCGCCAUCUCGACCCUGGCCAUCUACUUUUCCGAACAGACCCUCAGCAAUCUCGUGUCCGGUCUCAUUGAGAGCAUGAGGGACGCUCACAUCACCAGGGCGAAGAGGAAGGUCUACAUAAACGUCCUUGGCGCAAUGGCCCGCUCCAUCCCGAAGAAGUUUGGCCCCUACCUGAAGACACUCGCGCCGUUUGUGUUGAGUGCAGUCAGCCAAAUCGAGUUGGAUGAGGAGCUGGAGGCUUGGGAUGGCGAGGAGGAGCGCGACCCCGAAGCCGACGAGGUGCGCGAGGCUGCUUUGGUAGCACUGGAGAGCUUUCUGGGCUCGUGCUCACAGGAAAUGCGCGUGUUCACCGAUGAGGGCAUUGACGCUGGCACUCGCUUCCUGAAGUACGACCCCAAUCUGGCGACGGACGAUGACGAGGACAUGGAUGACGAGGAAGAGGAGGAUGCAGAGGGCCUUGAUGAUGAAGAUUUUGAAGAGGAAGCCCAGUUUGAUGAUGAGGAUGACGCAAGCUGGAAGGUCCGCCGUUGUGCCGCGAAGGUGCUUCACACCGUCAUCGUGACCCGUAGUCAGGGCGAUCUGCUGGAGGACGGCACUCUCUACGAACGUGUGGCACCGGCCCUUAUUCCCCGAUUCAAGGAGCGCGAGGAGAGUGUUCGCCUAGAAAUUCUCGCCACGCUCUCGAGCCUUGUGCAGCAAUCCAAGCCUGAAGUCCUCUCUACCGCUCGUGCCAACAGGGAAGCUUCAAACCUGGGCCUUAUGGGCCCCCCGCCGUCGCGUAAGAGGAGGCGGGUUGGCAGCGAUGCCAGCAUGUUCGACCUGCAUACUAACGCUUCUCUGUACGCCGGUAUCGCGUCUACGAACGCUGACAGUCAGCCGCUUUCUGGUCCCCAAGAGAGCCUUGCCGCGCUGGUUCCUGACAUCGUCAAGGGAGCGCUCCCUCUGCUCAAGACUGGAACUUUGCCCACGAAGCAGGCUACUAUCAGUCUGCUGAAAGAAAUCGUCAUUACGGAGGGCGGCGGGCUCUCGGAUUACCUCGAUCAGAUCGUUGAUCCUGUCGUCGAAGCUUCCAAGGCCACCAGCUCCUCAACAGGCGGCUCAUCCACGUCUUCGGCCACGGCAAAUACACUGCGCAUCGAGGCUCUGGUGCUGCUUCACGCCAUCGCCGAAACCCACGCAUCUACGUUGCUGCAGCCUUAUCUUCUAAAGAUUGUCCCGGCCCUGGACGCGGCGGCUAAGGAACGUUACAGCAAGGUUUCUGCGGAGGCUUUGGCGAGCGUUGAAGGUUUCAUCAAAGCGUUCACUCCUCCGCGCGCCUCGACUGUCUCUGCCGAGAACAAGCCUUAUCUGGAGCAGCUAUUCGACAUCCUAGUCAAUCGCAUCUCCGCAAAUGAUGCCGAUGUUGAAGCCCGUCGCCGUGCCAUUCAUGUCUUGGGUCUUUUCAUUGGCCGCAGCUCCGGUACGGAAGACUUCCUCUCGCAAGACAAGAAGAGGGCUGGUGUCGAGCUCCUUGGCCAGCGUCUUAAACAGGAGACGACCCGUCUUGCUUCGGUGCGCGCCAUCGAGAUCGCGACUGGUCUCGCGCAGAACAGCGCAGAAUUUUCGCCCGAGUGGAUCCAAGAGGUUGCUCUCGAGCUCGGUGCACAGCUGCGCAAGGCUAGCCGCUCUCUGCGCGGCUCUAGCUUGAUCGCUCUCAGAACCAUCGUCAUUAACCCCGUCACUCGUGCUCACCUAGAUGCUAAGACUACGAAGGAGAUUGAAGAGAUGCUUCUGCCUCCGAUCAAGAACAGCGAUCUGCACUUGAUGGGCCCGGCGCUAAUUAUUCUUGCGACGUUCGUGUCUAACGACCCCAGCAACGUUGUCAACGAGCAGCUCGUCGAUGCGCUCAAGGAGGUCGUCACCUCGACGAUGAGCGGUAGUGCCCUCGACGCUCUUCUGGCUUUGGUACGGGCUGUUGCUGAGAAGAGCGCUGGCGGUGCUCUGAUGAAGUCGCUGCUCCGCGAUGUCGGUAUUGCGGGCAAUCCCGAUCUCAUUGGCAAGGUGAUAGGCACCCUGCUUGUUUAUAGCAAGUCGGGUAUCGACGUGAAGUUGGAAGACUUUGUGCAGGAGCUGCAGACUGCCUCGGAUGAGAAGCGCAAGUGCUUAGCUUUGGCGGUGCUCGGCGAAGGCGGGUUGCGUCUGGGACAGGAGUCGCCCCUCGACCCGAAGUUGUUCGUUGCUCGCUUCAGCGAUGCCGGUCAGGUGCCGUUGGCGGCGGCAGUCGCACUUGGAAGGGCAGGUUCUUCGAACGUGAAGACGUACAUCCCCUUCAUCAUCUCGACUCUCAACCAGCCGGACGCCAAAACGUAUCUCUUGCUGCACUCGAUCAGGGAGAUCCUUCAGUAUCGCAGCGCGGAUGCUGAUCUGCUCCCCUUCGCGCAGGAUCUAUGGCAGCAUAUCAUCAAGGCAUCGCAACAGGAGGACAACAGGGCGGUUGGCGCCGAGUGCAUUGGAAGGCUCACCAUCAUCGACCCCAAGACAUUCCUUCCUCAGCUCCAGAAAUUCUUGGGAGAAGCGGAUGCCAGCGCUAGGGCAAUGGUCAUAUCAGCACUGCGCUACACUUUCGCUGAUACGGAUGAGGCGUACGACGACUUCCUGCGACCGAUUGUCAUCCCGAUGCUGGCGGCGAUGCUCCAGGAGACGGACCUGGAUAACCAGAGGCUGGCGCUGACGACCAUGAGCUCGGCGGUGCACAACAAACCGGAGCUGGUGCUGCCGCACUUGACGGAGCUCCUGCCCCUGGUGAUGAGCCAGACGCAGGUCAAGCCAGAGCUAAUUCGCGAGGUGCAGAUGGGACCUUUCAAGCACAAGGUCGACGAUGGUCUCGAGGUGCGCAAGAGCGCGUACGAGACGCUGUACACGCUGCUGGAGACGGCUGUUGCGCGUCUCAACCUCGCCGACUUCUUCGAGCGCAUCAUCGCGGGCAUCACGGACGAGCACGACGUGCGCACGCUCUGCAACCUCAUGCUAACCAAGUUGGUGCACCUGGCACCGGAUGAGACGAAGCAACGGCUGACGACGAUUUCGGAUCAUUUCCGAGCAGUCAUCUCGACUAAGGCCAAGGAGAACGCGGUCAAGCAGGAGAUUGAGAAGAUCGAGAAGAGCGCCAAGGGCGUGAUCAAGGUUUCGAUCGACAUCAACAAGAGCCUCAACGUGGGCAGCGUCGAGGGCGGCAGCGUGGAGGAUCCCAACCACAAGGCUUGGCAGAGCUACUGGGAGUGGGUCAGGAAGGAGCACGCGGCGCCGCUCAAGACAGUGGAGGAGGAGAGCCGGGCGGAGAGGGACCGGUAA